AUGUCGAAUCCGCUCGUUGACAUGCAGAAGCCGGAUGUCAUUUUCUGUAUCGGCACAAACAUGACGGAGUGCCAUCCUGUCGCGGCGACGGGGCUGAAAAAGGCGGUCGCCCGCGGUGCUAAACUCAUCGUCGCGGAUCCGAGGCGUAUUGGUUUAGCGGACAUCUCCGAUCUCUAUCUACCGCUCCGCGUCGGUUCGGACACCGCGCUGCUUCUCGGAAUGGCACACGUGAUUGCCCGUGAAGGUUUGAUCAAUGACGAGUUCAUCAAAAAUCGAACCACUGGGUUUGAUGAAUUCUUUGAACACAUCAGCGAGUGGACACCGGAAUGGGCGGAAGAGAUUACAGGAGUGCCAGCGAAGGAUAUUGAAAAAGCAGCAAUCUGGUAUGGCGCCACGAACAAGGGUGCCAUCUACUACACUUUAGGAAUCACGGAACACAUCUGUGGCGUUGAGAACGUGCAGAGUCUCUGUAAUCUUGCCCUUAUGACCGGUAAUAUCGGGCGCGAGGGGACGGGUAUCAACCCGAUGCGUGGGCAGAACAACAUUCAAGGUGCUGGAGACAGUGGUGCGUUGCCAAACAACUACCCCGGUUUCCAAGCCGUCACGGAUCCAGAACAUCAGGCGAAGUUUAAAGCGGCAUACGGCAGGGAAGUUGACUUGGAGAAAGGCAUCACCAAAGUCACCGCCUUAGAACUCUGCGGCGACAGCAUCCACGCGAUGCUGAUUGACGGUGAAAAUACGUUGCUAUCGGAUCCGGACCGGGAACACUGUGAGCACGCGCUUCGUUCGUUGGAGCAUCUCGUUGUCAUCGACAUCUUCCUUACCGAAACCGCGGAACUCGCUGAUGUCGUGCUACCAGCAACUGCAUGGGGUGAAACGGACGGGGUCUGCGCGAACACAGAACGUCGCGUCCAACGACUGCGCGCCGCAGUCCCGCCAUCCGGUGAGGCAAAACCGGAUUGGUGGAUUAUUGGUCAAAUCGCGCAACGUCUCGGUUUUAAAGGCUUCGAUUAUGACGCGCCGGAACCGAUCUUCAACGAACUCUGCGAGCUUUCACCGAUUUAUGCAGGAUUGGAUUGGGAACGCAUCGACAAAGGCACCACGGACAUCUUAAACAACCAGUGGCCCGUGCCGCACAAAGGACAUCCCGGUACACCGAGAUUACACGAAGAAACGUUCGCGAACGGACGCGGUAUCUUUUCCAAUGUGCAUUACCGAGAUCCCGCUGAGACGAUUAGCAACGAUUUUCCUGUAUGGCUCACAACGGGGAGACGCUUGCAAUCCUAUCACACCCGCACGCAGACAGGCAGAUCACAGGGAAUUGAUUACCUAUUGUCGGAAGAAUCGCUGGAAGUUAAUCCUACUGACAUUGAGAAAUGGAACUUGACGAACGGAGAAUGGUGUAAAAUGAGCAGUGCACGUGGAAGUAUCACUAUCAAAGUGAAAGCGACGAACCGCUCUCCGCGUGGCACAGUCUUCGCGAGUUUCAGCUUCGCAGAUGUCCCCGUCAACCUAUUGACGGGUUCUGGUUAUGAUCCGGUUACCCAUACCGCUGAAUUGAAGGUGUGUCCGGUCCGGUUAGAACCGCUUUAA